GGGUGGGGGAGGGGAGGGACGCGGGGCGGGGCUGGUGUCGGGGGUCCGGUGGGCGCGCGGCUCCGUUCCAGCGUCCGGCUCCGGUUCCCGGCCCCGGUCCGGGCCCCGCGGCGCGCAGGCCUCCCCUCCCGCGCCUUUGCCAACUUUGCCGAGUGCUGGGGCCGCCAGGCGCCCCGCGCUCCCCAUCGGGAUCCCGGUGGACCCACCGCGCCUCCGCCGCCCGCGAGCCCCCCGGCGGGGCUGGGUCAGACCCCGGGCGGGAUUUGAACUCCCGACGCGGACCCGCCUGGCGCAAACUGGGCGCAGGGUGGGCGGGUCUGCCGGGGCCUAGAGAGUGUCGGGGCUGAUCUCAGCAGAGUUGGACCAGCCUCUCCCGGGCACGAAGUUACUUCUGGAGCCUCCUCCCUCGUCCAGGAAACAAGCCCGGGACCCUUUAUCUGAAAUGUUUGGGGCCAGCUAUAUUUUGGAAUCCAGAAUUUUUUCCAAUUUGAGGAUCUGUGGGAUUUUGGACUGUGAUGUUUGAUCAAACCCACCUAGGACUGUCUAGGAUAAGACAACAGAUAGCUUCGUGUCAGGUCAAACCAGGAGGGAAGAAACUUUCGCUUUUGAAGCUUUUUUUGAUUUUGGAGUGGUGGAUGAGCCUGUGUGGACUGGACUUGCUUUCACCUUAGAGGGCCCUGGUGAAGAUGGAAAGAGAUAAUGUAGGUGAAGGUGCGGCGGCUGCGAGGUGCUCAGUCAAUGGGACUCAGUGCAUGACUUCUGUGCGCAGAAGUUACGACAGGCGGGCAGACUCAAGAGCUGAUCCUAUCUCUGGGGUAGAGCCCAAAGGAAAAGGUGCCCACCCAGCCAGGCACAGCCGCCUCGUGGGAAGCCGGGAUUGGAACUGCGGCCUGGCCGUGGUGCCACGUUGCGUGUUUAUGUCUUGGGCGUUGUGGAAGGCAGGACUGGCCAUUCUCUCCCCCGGUGACGACCUCAGGGGCAGUAACAGACCCUGUGUUUAUGCCAAAGACGGUGUAGGUGUCUCGAUACUAGGCCAGACCACCGGCCAGUUCCUUCAUCGAGAAUUAGUUCUUCUUGAGACGUUUAGGGAGACUGAGUCCCCAUGCAGAUGGUGGCUGUCCUCCAGGGUCGGAGGCAGAAGCCGCGUCUCCCAGUGGCCCUGCAGCGAUGUGGUGGUCGAAUGAGUUGUGCUUCUGGAAUCUGGGCAACACACGUGGCCUGACAGGUAGCUCUGUGUCUGGGAUGGCACAAGUCAGACUCCCAAGCCAGCCUCCCCCAGAGCUGCCAUGUGGCUGUUCUGCCCUGCCCUAGGCUGAGCUCCGUAAAUGUGCACAGCAGCUUGUGGUCCGGCUGCUCCUGGUAACUCUGUUUUACACUUUGGGGUGGUGCCCUGUUGAGUGAAUUUGAUUUGAUUUUCUAAGGAGGUCCCGCUCUGUCCUCGGCCUGAGGAUCUGGGAGUGAAUGGAGCAGACAGGGCCUCUCCUACAGGGAUGCAGAGUCUGGUCAGAGAGAGACGUGGGUGGGUUAGGACCAACAAGUAUGAGGUGCUGAGCGUGAGGAGCCAUGGCAAGCUGUCUGACCACCGGACUUGUUCUGUGUGGCCUUGGGCAGGUUGCUCAGUGACUCAGAACUUCCUUUUCCUCAUCUCUGAAAUGGGAAGUUUAAUGGCCACCCUUCAGAGCUAGGAGGUCUGAUGAGGUCCUGCCACAACGGCUUGUACAUAGAAGUUGAAUCUUGUGAAGUUGACGAUAUUCCACUGUUUUUAACCCGUAAAAGUGGCAAUUUGUAACUUUAUAGCACGUGAUCAGUACUAGCUACUUUAUUCUGUAUCAGUAUCCCAGAAUAAUCAUAAGCACCACAGUGGCAGACGGGAAUGCUUCAUACUUUCCUCAAGCAUACUAGAUUGAUCUUUUAAAAACCUAAGAGCACCACCUUUUGCUCCUGCCUAAAACCCUCCAUGGCUUUUCAUGGUCCCUGGGAUAAAAUGCUCCUCCUUGCUGAGUCCCGCAGCCCUGUGAGGUGGUCCCCACGGAUCUGCCCCUACUCUAGGGCCCUGGGCUCCUGUUUGCUGGUGCACGCUACCCAUUUGGGGGCUGCCAACGAUGGUUCCACCUCGACUCAGGCCCCCCAGGCCUUCCCUGACCCGCAGUUGCAGAGCCCGUGCGCCCUGUUUUCUCCUCUCGGUACCAUACGUGUCCACUUGUUUGUUGUCUGUGUCCAAAACUAGCAACUCCAUGUGGGUGGAGGCAGGUGGAACUUGUUUCUCAGGUUCACCACCACGCCGCUGCCUUGCUGAGCCCAGAGUGGGCGCCCAGGGAACAUUGGUCAGACGGAGGAGUGGGGUGCUGGGUAGUCCAACAAGCGCCUGGCACUUGAGUUGGUGUGGGUGGGAGGAGGGUCAAGCAUGGCUCUUAGGAGGAGGUUGUUUCAGUCACACUGGGGAGAGGGCUUGGGGCAUGGGAGAGGUAGGUGCAGCCAUCUUGGCCAAUGGAACCUGCCACCCUGUCAUUUUGGGUUAAGCUUUGAAGGGUGGCCCCUUGUGUUUCUGGUGCACUCUAUACCUGUGGGGGCUGCCCUGGGGGAAGGGCUGGUCUGUGCUCUGCACCCAGGCCUCUGGUGCGGUCUUUAUGUUGAGUAGCUGGCUGCCGCUUCUACUGCCUGAAGACCCUGGCGGACGCCUGGGUCUGUGGCCUGUUGUCCUCUGGACCUUGUUUCUAGAAUGCUGUUUACGCUUCCUUUGCUUUUUUUGUUGCCUGGAAUACCGUUGGCCUGCUCCCCCUCUUUUUGCUGCUUCCACUUUGACCAAACAGAGGACUUUGUCUUUCCUGGGAGUGAACUCAGAGGGAAACAUGCAGAGUGUUCUCAGUGAGUGAAGUAGAGUCCCUGGGAACCUGCUCUGAGAGUAGACUUGCAGCUGGACACCAGGCAGGGGCAGCGGGAGGAAGAAGAUCCAUGAAGUCUGUACUCCGUGGUAAGUUCCAGGAACUCAGAGUCGCCUGGAAAUGAACUUGGGGAUCCCAGGCUGCUCAGGGCCUCCCUGUUGGUGGCCCUUUCUGCCGUUCCCAGCCGCUUCCCUCUUUGCCCCCCUCUGCCUUAGCUCUCCUGUUAAAUGGCAAGUCAAAUAAGGGCCGGAUCCUCCUCAGACCCUGCAGACCACCUCUCCUGGGGCCACAUGUUACUCCCUGUUACUUGGUGUGGAUCUCAAGCCUGCGGGACUGUUGUCAACUUGCCGUCCAGACUGGGGCCUCAUUUGAUGUGGUCGCCUGCCAUCCCCUUGUUAGUCAGGCUCCUGGUUGCGGGAGUAGAAAGCCAGCCCCUGACUGAGGCAGGAAGCGUUGCCCAGAGAGCCUGUCCUCGACCCCUACCCAGAGGGUCCUAGAGGGGGCUGAGGGUGAUUUCAGAGGUCACUUAGGAUGCUUUCCCUGUGGCUUCACACCGCGUGUGGCUGUGCAGAGUGGUUGUGGGCUGGUGGCCACCUGCUGUGUCCUGGAAAGAGGUGAGGCCAUCUCUGUCAGUCCCAGGCCAACCCCAGGGCAGGAGGCGUGAGAUGCCCGUGCAGCUGCCAUGCACUCUGUGCUGCUUGCUUCCAGUCCCCAUGGCCCCUUCCCACUGGGGGCCCUGCUGGCUCUUCCUUCCCUCUGUCUUCUGUUUGCCCUCUGCCACCACGGAGCUAAACUUUCUAAAGCUGGAUGGGUCCUGUCACUCUCCACUUAGAGCUUGAGGUGCUCCUUGGUCCUUGGCAGCCUUGUUGCCAGAGUCACUCCAGGGCCAGUGGCUGCCCCAGCUCCCUUCCAUGGCUUUGCUGUACGUUGCUGUACAGUUGGCCCUUGAACCUCACGGGUUUGAACUGCAUGGGUCACUUAUACAUGGAUUUCCUUCCAUCUCUGCCACCCCGAGACAGGAAGACCAACCCCUCCUCUUCCUCCUCAGCCUACUCAACGUGAAGAUGAUGAGGACGAAGACCUUUAGGAUGAUCCACUUCCACUUAAUGAAUAGCCUCCUCGCUGGGGAGGCAGAGUCCUCGCGUGGUCUCCUGCCUCGAGCACAGCCUGUGCCCAGGGGAGCCGGGCUUGCAGACAACAGCAGUGGUGUCCAUGGGCUCUGGAGACCAUCAGUUCAACCUCGCAGAGAUCCUGUCACAGAACUACAGUGUUCGGGGGGAGUGCGAGGAGGCCUCGAGGUGCCCAGACAAGCCCAAGGAGGAGCUGGAGAAGGACUUCAUCUCCCAGAGCAACGACAUGCCCUUUGAUGAGCUGCUUGCGCUCUAUGGCUACGAGGCGUCAGACCCCAUUUCAGACCGGGAGAGUGAGGGUGGUGACGUGGCCCCGAACCUCCCAGACAUGACCCUGGACAAAGAACAAAUAGCGAAGGAUUUGCUUUCAGGGGAAGAAGAGGAAGAGACGCAGUCAUCUGCUGACGACCUCACCCCGUCCGUGACCUCCCACGAGGCCUCCGACCUCUUCCCUAACCGGAGUGGAUCUCGUUUCCUGGCUGAUGAAGACAGAGAGCCUGGCUCUUCUGCCUCCUCCGACACCGAGGAGGACUCUCUUCCUGCCAACAAAUGUAAGAAGGAGAUCAUGGUGGGACCUCAGUUCCAAGCUGACCUCAGCAACCUGCACUUGAACCGGCACUGUGAGAAGAUCUACGAGAACGAAGACCAGCUGCUCUGGGACCCCAGCGUCCUCCCUGAGAGGGAGGUGGAGGAGUUCCUGUACAGGGCGGUGAAGCGGCGUUGGCACGAGAUGGCCGGGCCUCAGCUCCCAGAGGGAGAAGCCGUGAAAGACAGUGAGCAGGCGCUGUACGAGUUGGUGAAAUGCAACUUCAAUGUGGAGGAGGCCCUGCGAAGGCUGCGGUUCAACGUGAAGGUGAUCCGAGAUGGGCUCUGUGCUUGGAGUGAAGAGGAGUGCAGGAACUUCGAGCACGGCUUCCGUGUGCAUGGAAAGAACUUUCACCUGAUCCAGGCCAACAAGGUGCGCACACGGUCAGUGGGCGAGUGUGUCGAGUACUACUACCUGUGGAAGAAGUCGGAGCGCUACGACUACUUCGCCCAGCAGACGCGACUGGGCCGGAGGAAGGACGCAGACCAGGACCUGGAUGGCAGCGACCCCGAUGGCCCCGGCCGUCCGCGCCCGGAGCAGGACACCCUGACUGGGAUGCGCACAGAUCCACUGAGCGUGGAUGGCACGGCCGGUGGUCUCGAUGAGCCCGGAGUGGCCUCUGAUGGACUCCCGUCCUCGGAGCCAGGGCCGUGUUCCUUCCAGCAGCUGGAUGAGUCCCCCGUUGUACCCCUGUCCCAUCGGCCCCCAGCCCUGGCCGACCCAGCCUCAUACCAGCCAGCUGUCACUGCUCCGGAGCCAGACGCCAGCCCAAGGCUGGCCGUGGACUUCGCCCUGCCCAAGGAGCUGCCCCUUAUCUCCAGCCAUGUGGACCUGAGCGGGGAUCCGGAGGAGACUGUGGCCCCUGCACAGGUGGCUUUGUCGGUCACCGAGUUUGGACUCAUCGGCAUUGGGGACGUGAACCCCUUCCUGGCCGCCCACCCCACGUGCCCGGCCCCCGGGCUACACUCGGAGCCCCUGUCACACUGUAACGUGAUGACCUGCUGACUCCUGGCCGCGGGCGGCGUAUGCGGCCCAGACUGGACUUAGCGCUGCCGCUGGGCCCGCCUCUGUCAGUCUUCCUGACCCCUUCCCCACCCCCUGGGCCUUGGGGUAGCACCUCCUUCUGCUUCAGAACACGUCAGGACUGGGGUGAGGUGGCUGGGCCGUGAGCCCUCGCCCCUGUCCACACAGAAUGGACCCAUGGCCCCACCCAGCGCCGUCAGCGCCCGGCACUGCCACCCGGGUCCAGGCCGCUGCCUGCACGUGGGAUCCGUCGGGCAGCCGGGGACAGAAAAGACCCCGCCGUUGGGACGCAGGGCAGAGCCGGCCACCUAGUCCCUUCCAGCCAGCAGAGGCGAGGGAAGGCGUCACUGCCCCAGCGGGGAGACGGGCAGGACGCCCUGCCCCGCACCAGCAGCCUCCGCCGGGGCGCCCUCAGCUCCCUGCUUGGCUCUGUCUCUCCACACCCGGCAGGGCCACGGGCUGCCCCAGCCCUGGGGGUCGUGGGCAGCUGCUACUCAGUGCCAACCCCGUGGGGCACAGAGCCAUAUACCUCGCUGUCCGGCCCCCACCCCAGCCUCGCCUUCCCACCCCAUUGUCUCCACUUCAGGAAAAGCCGCACUUUACACCCCCACCUGCCUCUUCCCUCUCCAUCCCUGCUCCCCGAUCCUGAGCGGUUGGGGUGGGGUCCCUCAGCAACCCCAGGCGUGGGUUUGAGGAGACAGGUGAUUUACAUCCCCCUUUGCUGUCCUCCCCCGGUACCAAGGCAGGGAGCCUCCGGAGGAGCCAGCCCUGCUGGCCACGCAGGGGCCAGACUCCAGCCUGUUUCCCCAGCCCUGCAGGUCUUCCUUCUGUGGGAAGCUUCCUAGCAAGAUGGCUUGGAGUCCUGGUCCCCCUCCUCCCUGGCCCCCUCAUUUGUUUCUGUUUCUGUUUACACGUUGGAGUGGGGUCCUCCGUGGGCGGCGGCGCACCCUGCCCCGGGUGUCGUCCAGCCUCUUGUGCUCGAGCCCCUUUCCGAGUUGGACUCGACCAUCCCUCACCCCACCAAGGACCACACUGUGAAGUGAUAACUGCCUUGAACCCCCCUUUGCUGUUUUAUUUAUUAAACUUGAUUUGAAGCCC